CCUGCCUGCCUGGGAUGUCUUGCAACAAACCUCGCGCGGCGCCGUUGCUGGGCGAAGCUGAGGAGGAGCGCGGAGCUGCCGCCGCCGCUGCUGCAAAAGGAAGCGAGGGCCCCAUGGAGGGAGACAAGGAGCCGCCCGUCCGGGGCCACCAGGCUUCCCCACCCGGGGGUGACAACCCCUUCCCGUUCCCCGCCUGGGAGGAGGGCUCCGGGGACGAGAACGCCCUGGUCAUCCACAGCCAGGUGGAGGAGGAAGAGCACAAGUGCGCAGCGUGUGGCGAGAGCUUCCCGCACCCGCUGAGCCUCUUGCGCCACCAGAAGCAGCAGCACGCGGGCGAGCGGGCCUUUGUGUGCCCCGAGUGCGGGCGUGGCUUCACCCUCAAGCACAACCUCAUCAUCCACCAGAGGAUCCACACUGGGGAGAAGCCCUUCGGCUGUGGGGUUUGUGGCAAGCGUUUCAGCCUCAAGCAAAACCUCCUGACCCACCAGAGAGUGCACGGCGGCGGCGGAGAAGGGUCCCCGUCCUGCCCCGUCUGCGGGAAGACCUUCCGGGAACAGCGGCUGCUCCUCGCCCACCGCCAGAAAGGCAGCUGCGGCCCCCCUGCCCAGGAGAAGCCGGGGGCGCCCUCCCCGCCGCGGAUGCACACCCGGGGGAGGCCCCGCGUGCCGAGCGAGGAGGGCGAUGUGCAGAGGCCGCUGCGGGUGAAGCACCAGCAGAAGCCCCGCCAGAACGGGGCGGCCUUCCCCUGCCAGGAGUGCGGCGAGGCCUUUGGCCGCCGGAGCAGCCUGGCCGGACACCGCAGGACCCGCCACCAGGCCGAGAGGCCGCCGCUGCAGGGCGAGGAGGGUCGGAGGCGCCCCAAGGAGGCCCCCGCGAGCCCCGGCCGGAGGCUCCACGCGGGAGACGCCCCCUUCCAGUGCCUGACCUGCGGGAAGAACUUUGUGCAGAAGGGGAACCUGGCAGCGCACCGGAGGAGCCACCUGGGGCAGGAGGCGCUCGGCUGAGGGGGGGGCUGCCCCUCCAA